AUGGAGCGGAGAGCAAACAUGCCUCCUGGUCUGCCCAGGGACCGUCCCACUCAAUCGUAUUGGCAAGAUCCUCCUUCAGACAUCGCAGACUGUUGCUCCACUCCCGACUUGCCCUCUCAUGCCGACGUGGUCGUCAUUGGAUCUGGAAUCAGCGGAGCCAGCAUAUCUUAUAACCUGUUGUCCUCAGACCCAAGUCUGAGUGUUGUUCUCAUUGAAGCUCGCCAAGCUGCCAGCGGUGCCAGUGGUCGGAACGGCGGUCACACCAAAACCGCCACUUAUCGGUCGUUCAGCGACAAUGUCAAGGCUGUCGGCCCCGAGGAUGCGAUGAAAAUCACCCGCUUGGAGUAUGAUACCAUGGUGGCCGUGCACGAGUUUGCCCGCCAGCAUGGGAUCGACUGCGAUGCAAAACGAUGUCAGACGGUGGAUGUCUUCUACGACGCCGCGAAGUGGCAAGCGGCCAAGGACUCUGUCACAUUGAUGGAAACCCUAAUGGGCUCGCACGCUCCAAAACACAUCUUCCACGACAGCCAAGUAACGGCCGACAAGUUUCUAGCUGAUGGGAGCAUUGGCGGUCUGGAGUAUGAAUCCGGCAGUCUCAGCGCCUACAAAUUCACGAUCGGAGUACUCAAACUUGCGCUGCAAAAAGGUUUGAAUUUGCAGUGCAACACUCCGGCACACCGCAUCACCAAGACCACCGCAAAUGGGCUCUGGUCCGUGGAGACGCCUCGAGGCAAUAUCAUGACGCAGAAACUCGUCCUCGCCACAAACGGCUAUGCCGCCCACCUCUACCCGCCGCUGCAGGGCGUGGUUGUCCCCUUGCGCGGCGUGGUCACCGCCCAGCGUCCAGGUCAGCAGAUGCCGCAGAAAGGCCUGGAGACGACCUAUUCAUUCGUGCAAGGGGAUGACUUUGAGUACAUGAUUUCCCGACCCGCGGGGACCAAAUUCGAAGGCGACAUCGUGAUAGGCGGUGGUACGCAUGUGGCCAAAGAUCAGGGCUUGGCCGAGUAUGGCAACACGGACGAUACGACCUACGACAAGGCCAGCGCCGCGUACCUGCUUGAUUGCACGAAACGCUCGUACUUCCGAAGCCAUUGGGGGCCCGACCACCCGGAAGGCCAGUGCCGUUACGUGUGGAGUGGCAUCAUGGGAAUCUCGAGUGACGGCUAUCCCUUUGUAGGGGGUGUUCCUGGUGAACAAGGGUUGUACCUCGACGUCUCGUUCCAGGGUCACGGCAUGGUCCUCUGUUUCUUGUGCGCCAAGGCUACGGCUAGUAUGGUGUUGGGCCGGGAGGCCGAGGACAACCUGGAUGCCUGGUUCCCGACGUGCUACCGCGUCUCGCGGGAGAGGUUGCACAAGAGAUUUGCCGGCAGCAAGCUGAACGUGUCGCGGGCGCCCGAGCUUCACUUGUAG